ACAGAGCACUAUUCGUUGCGCACGAAGCUACCGUAUAAUGCUGAAAUUGAAAAGUUAUAUCAGGAUGACGCAGUAUGGAUCAUCACGAGUAGCUUUAUCAUAUUUACAAUGCAUUCCGGUUUUGGCUUACUGGAAAGCGGUAGUGUUGCCGCGAAGGACGAAGUAAAUAUUAUGGUUAAAAAUGUUGUUGAUGUUGUAUUUGGCGGCCUAACUUAUUGGUCAUUUGGCUACGGGCUUAGUUUUGGUGAUGGCGUGUACAGCAAUGCUAUCGUUGGAUGGGGCAAAUUUUUUUUUAAUCCGGUGAGGUGA